GACUUACCUACUCUUGUUUACAUUAUUAAAUUUUUACUUUCACAAGCGCGCGUCUUACAUGCAAAGUAACAGUAGGCAUCUGAAGUCACGUGAUCUGUAGGUAGCACUCGAGUGUGUAGGAUGAUCACCCGCAGUAGUAUUCCUCUACCAUUACUCGAACUUUUCGAUAUGUCAAAAAUGUGGCUUAUAUUUGUUUAUUAAAAAGAGAUAUGUAAAUAUUUUGUAUUUCAUUUUAACAAAAUCAAAUGCGGAAUGUGAUGUGUUAUGAAACUUCAUACGUAUGUGGUCAGAAAACAAUCCAGAUUAAUGUGUACAAAUUAUUAACUACCGUUAAAAAGCUGAAGACGAGAAAAGAAACCACACAGUGACAAAUACACUUCCUGAGACCAAUAUAGAUCAGUUCAAUAUAGACGAUUUUUCACUGAAGUUAACUAUAUAGACUUAUUGAAGAUGUGUACCUAAAAUUGCAUUUUCUGAUGGAACAAUAUGAAACGUGAUUGAGCAUUGAUAAUAUUUAGGUUCUACACAAGAGAGAAGUAAAUGUCAUGGACACCAGUGAAUCUUCAUAACGUGGGUUAACCAAGGUUAAUAAAUGUUAAGCGAACCAAAAUCAGCACCAGUUUAAAAAUAUUCGGACAUUAAGUCCUUCUGCAAAUACAUUAUUAUUCAAAACUGCAUGGUUAAUUAAUUUGCUUUUACAACAGGAUUUACUGUCUUUCUCCCGAGGACUUUAGAUAUUAUUACUAUUAUACUUUACAACAGGAUUUAUUGUCUUCUUCCCAACGACUUUGGAGAUUAUUACUAUUAUACUUUACAACAAGAUUUACUGUCUUCUUCACAACGACUUUGGAGAUUAUUACUAUUAUACUUUACAACAAGAUUUAUUGUCUUCUUCACAACGACUUUGGAGAUUAUUACUAUUAUACUUUACAACAGGAUUUACUGUCUUCUUCCCAACGACUUUGGAGAUUAUUACUAUUAUACUACUUAGUUUAUCAAAAUGUUGCAGUGUUUAAGAAUUCCUUUCAUUGGUUUGGUAUUUUUAUCAAUGUUCUUACUGUUAUACGUUUUCUUGAGUGCAGACAGGAUUCUAGACGGCACGAAACUGAGCAGAGAUUUUAAAACACUCCCCUAUAGUAUAACCAUGCAGUAUAUCGUAGCUUAUGCAGCCAACACUCAAACAUACACUUGUGAGACAUUCUCUGUAAAUUUUCCAAAAAGUAUUUACAAUUCAACAUUAUAUGGGUGGAAAAGUCCUGUUAAUGAGCCUGUAUUUAUAUUUUCGGCAUUCUUUGACAAUCGCUACAGGUAUACUAAUCAGCAAGUACGUCUCAUCGGAAUGAUCCAAGGUGACUUUAAAAAAUCGCUUUAUUGCCAGCUUUGGUACAAAAAUAUUUCUUUACCUAUAGUAGUAGUAAGUGAAAUGCGUGAGAUGUGGCUUGAUAUUUGGAACAAAGCUGACCACUCUCAGUUUUAUCGACCAUAUUUGAUUAACUGUCCAGUACCUCAAGACGAUCCAGUCUUAUCAAGCCAAACUCCUCAGGGUGUAUCCUUAUCACUUCGUCCUUGCACUAAUUCCUCAAUCUUCUUCAAGUUGGAUGUUCCACCAAGAAAUGUGACCAAACACAAAUUUGCCAUUUGUGUGAAAAGUUUAGAUUUUCAGAAUGAUGUAUCUUUUCGCCUUAUUGAGUGGCUUGAGCUUCAGUUUCUACUUGGGGUGGACGAGUUAACCAUUUACUUAUUCAACGUUCAUCCUAAUACAUACAAAGUUCUCCUUUAUUAUGAACAGCUUGGAAAGGUUGUAAUUAUUCCAAUUACUUUACCUGGCUAUUUACCCAAUACCCCCUUAGAAAGAACCAGAUUCCUUCACGAGAACAUAUGGCAAAAACGAAGACACGAGUUGAUUCCUUACAACGAUUGUUUUUAUAGACACAUAUAUACCCAUGAAUUUGUUGUCCUUUUAGAUUUAGAUGAAGUUAUCAUACCUGUCCAUCAUAAAACAUGGACUCGGAUGUUACGCCAAGUGUUUAAAGAAAAAACACAGGCAAUUAUGAAAUAUUCCUCUUUUGCGGUACCUAACGUUUACUUUUUUGACGAUUUCGGUCCUUCGAACACAAAUCGUGGUGUGCCAAGUUAUAUGCACAUAUUGCGGUUUCUUCAUCGUUCCGAACAUUUUACUAAACCAGGAUUUGCUGUCAAGAGUUUCAUAAGCACCAACAACACCCUUGCUGUAUUCAACCAUUAUGCUCUGUUCCCACUGUAUCCACAUACUGCCCGCACCAUGUUAUUAAAUGAAAGCGAAGUGCGACUCCAUCAUUACCGCUCAAAGUGCCCUUCAGGAAUGGCCGAUGACUGCUUGGAAAACUUCAUGAAAUACAGAAGAAAAGACACGUUAAUUCUGAAAUAUCAAAAGGAACUACUGAUGAAAGCUGGUAGAGUGAUUAGAGAACUUAGCUUAAGAUAAUACUGUACGAUAUAGUUUUCUUCAGGUUGAUUUGCAACUGAAAAUAUGAAAAUUAUUACAAAUAUAUAGUAGAUAAUUA